UUCAUUUUACAAUGACAGCCCGCUGAACAGGUACUUUUUUACAGUCAUUGCAGCUGGAAGAGAAAGCUGAAUUCAAUUUAAAUUGUCUAGACCAGCUUCAGUGCAUUGAAUUUCUCAAGGGGAAUAUCUAUACGCCAUGGAGGAAUCCCUCAACGCUACCAUUGAUCCAGCUUGUUUACAAGAGCCCCCGCUGGCUAUCGACGUUAUCAAGCAGCUAGAUGUGUUAGAUUUUUGCCUGUACUCCAUGCUCACCUUCAUGUCCUGCAUCUCCCUGCUGCUGUACCUGGAGCAGUGCAUCUUUAUUUAUAAAAAGCUGCCCUACCCCAAGAAGACGACCAUCAUUUGGAUAAAUGGUGCAGCACCUGUCAUUGCCACCAUGUCUUGUUUUGGGAUGUGGAUCCCGAGGGCAGUCAUGAUCACAGACAUGACAUCUAACUGUUAUUUUGCAGUCGUGGUGUAUAAGGUCUUGGUUCUGAUAAUCGAGGAGUUUGGGGGCAGCAGUGAUUUUCUGAAGCGGUUUUCUGGUGAAACCUUUAGGAUCAACACUGGACCCUGCUGCUGCUGCUGUGUCUGUUUACCCCGCGUGCCCAUGUCACGACGAUUGUUAUUCUGGCUGAAGUUGGGCGCUCUUCAGUAUGCAAUCCUAAAGACAGUUCUCUCUGUCCUUGCCAUAGUGUUGUGGACAAAUGGCAACUUUGAUCUCUCUGAUCUUGAGAUCACUGGUACAGCCAUUUGGAUUAACCCAUUCAUUGGCAUUCUCACAAUCAUCUCCCUUUGGCCUGUUGCUAUUAUCUUCAUGAACACUAACAGCUUUCUGCGCAGUAUCAAGAUUGUACCCAAGUAUGCCAUGUAUCAACUAGUACUUGUACUGAGUCAGCUGCAGACAUCUAUCAUUAACAUCCUGGCCUUGGAUGGAACCAUCGCCUGUUCCCCGCCCUUCUCUUCUCAAGCUCGUGGAUCCAUGAUCAGUCAGCAAAUGAUGAUCAUAGAGAUGUUCAUCAUCACUCUGGUCAACCGGUUUUUGUAUCGUCGUAUAUAUGACAAACUUCCCUCUGAGGCACAUGACAACGACCAGAAUGCCAAAGUUGCCGUGCAGGCAGCUCUCGUGGAGCAUGACGUUUAAAAAACACACAGUGACAGAGUGGAUGUCAACACUGCUCUUUAAUGAUGAUCGUCAGACACACAUAUUUUGUACAUGUAUUACAUUUUGUAAUAAUAAUGUAAUAA